UACAUAGGGACUGAUCUUACACAAAGAAUAGAGGCUGAGAAAGCACUCCUGGAACUUAUUGAUAGCCCAGAAUGUCUCAGCAAGUGUCAACUUUUAUUAGAACAAGGAACAGUAAGUAUUUGAUAACCGCAGUUAACAAUGAAAGAUCGGUAGGUAUAUGUCAAUGUUAAUGAAUGUAUGUAGGUUAACAAUGUAGGUUAACUGUUGGGUAUUACCGCAUGUCUUUUUACUAUAGUUUAUUUCACUGUCAAAGAAUUGGAAAGCCUGGAAAGCAAAUUUAGGGAAGAGCCUAGGAGGUGGAAAUAGACAUGAAUCGAAAUAUUGGGUUGGACAAAAAGUUCGUUCGAGUUUUUCCAUAAGAUGUUACAGAAAAACCUGAAUGAAGUUUUGGCCAACCCAAUACUUUCUUGGCCCCUUUUUAUGUCUUCUACCAGUGGCAAAAGUUACAUUUUUAGAAAGUUGGAAUUAAAAAAAAAAUUGAGGUAGGAGAGGCAGAUUGUAAUUAACUCAAAUGGGAAGGAAUGGUUUAGAGGAAUAUUGAUUACUUCUUGCCUGCCUCUCUUCUAGGAAUUCAUAGCCACUCAUUCAGCAUCAUUUAGCAAGUACUUAUAUGUAAAUACUGUACUGCCUACUUGCUUUAUUUACAUGCGUUAAAGUAACUCAUAGUUUAGUUGAGAAGCCAUAGAUGUAUCAAUAUAAAUAAAGAGCUAUGGAAUGAUACUGUAAGCACUACAGUAGGAGACUGUAGGCACUAUAGAGCAGAGGUUGGCAGACUUUUUCUGUAAAGGGCCAGAUUGUAAAUAUUUUAAAUUUUGUAGGCCAAGAGGUGAAAAUCAAGGAUAUUUUGUAAAUAUGCCUAUUAGAAGAGAGAAAACAAAUUUCCACAAAACUUUAUUUAUGAAUUUUUAAAUAUGAUAAUUGAGUACAGUUUUUUGUAAUACAAAUCUACUGAUGAAAAGAAUGGAAUUAUUCUUUUGAGGAUGACAUUUUGCUUAGUUGGGGUUCAAAGUUAGUAUUUCCUAUCAUCAGCAUUGAUUACAAAUGUUCAUGUGUUAAUAUUGAUCUGUAAUGAGAUUUUACAGAUUUCAUCUUUGAAAAUGUCUCUUCACACAGAUAGGUACUACCAAAUAUUGAUAUCAGUGUAUGAGCAUAUGAUUUUAAUUAAGCAUAUUCAUCACUUAGAAGAUAUGUAUAGAGUUCUGUUAAAACUUCUCUUGAUAUUUGCCUUUUAGGAUGUCAUUACAUCCUAGAUUAAUCACUUCCAAUUGAAGGUUAGGUGGAGAUGCUUCAAUUGCUCAGUUAAAUGGAUUUUGAAAUAUGGAAAUUUCCUUUGCACUUGCAUCAAGGUCUGAAAAAAGCGCUGCUGGAACAUAGUUUGAGCUCAGAAAAUAUAGUCAGGAAUAGAGAGCUUGCUACUUGUUUUAACAUUUGACAGUGUGGAAAGUGUAUAAAGCAGCUUGAUAUUACUUGUGAUUCAGUCAAUAUUAGUUGCUAUUGGAAUAACUUUAUUGCAUUAUAAGUUUACAUUAGUACUAAUCACUGUUUGCCUUUUAGACAAUUUGGUAACUUUAAGUUGAAUUCAUUAAGAGACAUUAUCAAGUUUGAAGCAAAAACUAAUUUCUAAAGCCAUUUAAUGUUCAACAAUAGUGGAUUAAAAUGGUUCUUCUCAUUCAGGAAAAUUUCAGUCUCAGUCCUGAGCAAAAAAAAAUUGCAGCAAAAGUUUACCAAGCUAUUGAACUAUUGUGUGGUAGGGCAAGUCAGACUUUUCAGCUUCUAUUUCUGACAGAAAUUUUGAGGACUGAAGAGGAAUUCAUGAAAGUGAAUUGAAGUCCACUGUUUCUUUUUAGAUUUUUUUGUUUUUGAUGUGGACCAUUUUUAAAGUCUUUAUUGAAUUUGUUACAAUAUUGUUUCUGUUUUAUGUUUUGAUUUUUUGGCCGCACGGUAUGUGGGAUGGUAGCUCCCCAACCAGGGAUCGUAGCUCCCCAACCAGGGAGUGAACCUGCACUCCCUGCUUUGGAAGGUGAAGUCUUAACCACUGGACCACCAGGGAAAUCCCUGAAGUCCACUGUUAACACCACUGAUUCAUUAACACAUGAUAGAUUCAGAUAUUUACUGCAGAGUAUCUGCUGAUGAAUAAUAAAAUGAAUAACCAUAGGGUUUAAACUCUUACAUUUUUACAAGCUUUGUAAAUUUGUCCAACUAAGCCUUUUCUGUUCCAUAUAUUUUUACCACCAGUUGCGACACAUUUUAGCAACUACUUCAGGUUGUACAGAAUUAGUAUUUUCUCAGCUUCUUUGAAAAUAUUCUGGCCAUUAAUUGCAUACAAACUGUCAUAGAAAUUAAUUCUUUAGUCACUUCAGACUUAGCAUUGACUUCUGAAAAAAAACAGAUAGUAACAGUAUGAGCAGUACAUGUUGGUAACACCUGUCAACUGAUCAAGAACUAAGGAGAACCUCCAAAUCAAUUGCCUGGUUUGAAAUUGAAUUUUGAUAUCACUCCGAUGUCUUCAGCUGUCUGGGCCUUAUUUUCACUGAAAGGCUAGUAGUCUGAAGUUUAUUUUCUCUGCGUGUGUAAUUUUGGCUUCUGCAAUAAAAUAAUGGGAAUUUAGCUAACUCUCUGUUGGUUAGUAGCUUUCCUUACUUGGCUAACAAGUGAACCAUUUCAAAACCUAACUUUGGUUGCAGCCUCAUUUUUUUUUUUUGUGGAGAAAUUUCACUGUUAUAGAUAUUUUGUUUUAAAAUUUUUCCUUUUUCUGACUACUGAUUCCCUGUGAGUUAGGAAAAUAUUGGCAUGAGUGCUUAGUCUGAUAUGGUCAACAUAUAUUGUAUUCUUUUAGGACAACUAUAGUGCAGUUGCAUAAAAAGCACAUUGCUUUGCUGUCUAAUUCAGAAACAUAAUAACCCACAUUCCACUGUGCCUUGAAAAUUAGACAUUUGAAGUCCACUUCUGUCUUCUUGUUUUGACAUGACGGAUGUGCACUGGAAAUAAUAAAAGGUGCAUGUCAUGUCAUGGUAGUACUCAUGGCACUCUGUGUGCUGUGAAGUUAGUAAGUACAUCCCUGCAGUUUGCGGUGCAUUGAGCAGCAGUAGGACGCAAUGAAUGCCGUAUACUGUUUUAACUAUUUGAUUCUGCUGUCAUAGUCUGAAAGCAGACAUAGACAAUGUUGUAAAUGAGUAGGUGUGGCUGUGUUCUAAUAAACUUUAUUUAUAGACACUGAAAUUUGGAUUUCAUGUAUUUUUCACAUGUCACAACAUAUUAUUAUUAUUUUGAUUUUUUUCCCCAACUGUUGAAAAUAGUAAAAUCCAUACAUAGCUCAUGGGCCUUGUAAAAACAGGCAGGAUUUGUUCCACAGGUCUUAGUUUGCUUACCUCUGGUCAAGAGAGAAAAAGAAAAGACUGUCUUUACAAGAGAUUGCUGGGGGUAGAGUGAAGAACUGAACCAGAUUUUGAAGGAUUGAGUACACUACUAAGUUAAGACAGUUGGUGGCUGGAGUGAAUGCAGCUAACAUGGGUCUGAAGGAGUGGAGAGGUCAGGGUGAGGAAGGCAUUGAAAGGAACUGAAAGAGGGCUGUUGUGGUCAGAGGAUUAGUGAAGAGUGGAACCAGAUGAAUUUGAAGAGAUAAUCAGAGGGCAGAACAUGCAGGACUGUGUAGACAUGACAUCCUAUGCUCAACUCCUUGCAGCAACAUGUCUUUCAAAACUUAUUAGCCGAGUCAGUCCUUUGCCAAUUGAACAGAGAAUAGAUAUCAAGUAUUUUUUUACAGGAAACUACAUUCUUAAUUAUGUGGCAUCACAACCCAAGCUGGCUCCCUUUGUCAUCCAAGCUCUAAUUCAAGUGAUUGCUAAAAUCACUAAACUGGGGUGGUUUGAGGUUCAGAAAGACCAGUUUGUCUUCAGAGAAAUUAUUGCUGAUGUGAAGAAGUUUCUUCAGGGUACUGUGGAACACUGCAUAAUAGGAGUAAUAAUCCUUUCAGAAUUGACUCAGGAAAUGAACCUGGUUGAUUAUUCUAGACCUUCAGCAAAACACAGGAAAAUAGCUACCUCAUUUCGUGAUACUUCUCUCAAAGACAUCUUAGUGCUAGCAUGCUCUCUUCUAAAAGAGGUAUUGGCCAAGCCUUUAAACCUUCAGGAUCAAGGUCAACAAAAUCUAGUAAUGCAAGUCUUGAAACUGGUCCUCAACUGCCUUAACUUUGACUUCAUUGGCAGUUCAGCAGAUGAAUCUGCAGAUGAUCUUUGUACAAUACAGAUUCCAACAACUUGGAGAACAAUUUUCCUGGAACCAGAAACAUUGGCUCUUUUCUUUAAUUUGUAUCAUUCACUUCCACCACUCCUGUCUCAGUUAAGAAGGAAACAGAUCCAGAAUGGCUUAAAUGACUUUCUUCAGGGCAGCGAACUAAAUUUUGGAGCUGAGAUUCAAACCCAGGCACUUUCAUGUUUAGUUCAGUUUGCUUCUACGAGAAGGUCCUUAUUUAGCAGUCCUGAACGUGCCAAGUACCUUGGUAAUUUAAUUAAGGGAGUAAAAAGGAUACUUGAAAACCCUCAGGGUUUGUCUGAUCCAGGUAAUUAUCAUGAAUUUUGUCGAUUUUUGGCUCGUUUAAAGACAAAUUAUCAGCUGGGAGAAUUAGUUAUGGUGAAGGAGUAUCCUGAAGUUAUCAGAUUGAUUGCUAAUUUUACCAUUACUAGCCUACAGCAUUGGGAAUUUGCUCCCAACAGUGUUCAUUAUUUAUUAACUCUGUGGCAAAGGAUGGUAGCAUCAGUUCCUUUUGUGAAAUCAACUGAACCCCACUUAUUAGACACUUAUGCACCAGAAAUCACGAAGGCCUUUAUCACUUCUCGGUUGGAAUCUGUUGCCAUAGUUGUGAGAGAUAAUUUAGAUGAUCCACUGGAUGAUACCGCCACUGUGUUUCAGCAAUUGGAGCAGUUGUGCACUGUUAGCAGAUGUGAAUAUGAAAAGACAUGCACUCUUCUUGUACAGUUGUUUGAUCAAAAUGCACAGAAUUACCAAAAGCUUCUGCAUUCAGCUUCUGGAAUAACUGUGGACAUGGCAAUUCAGGAAGGACGUCUUGCCUGGCUGGUAUACUUAGUUGGGACAGUUGUUGGAGGAAGAUUAACGUAUACCAGUACAGAUGAACAUGAUGCUAUGGAUGGAGAAUUAUCCUGUCGAGUUUUUCAGCUUAUAUCUUUAAUGGAUACCGGAUUGCCUCAGUGUUCUAAUGAGAAAAUCGAACUUGCAGUUCUGUGGUUCUUGGAUCAGUUUCGUAAAACAUAUGUUGGUGAUCAACUUCAAAGAACCUCAAAGGUGUAUGCCCGUAUGUCAGAAGUCUUAGGAAUAACAGAUGACAACCAUGUUUUAGAAACAUUCAUGACGAAAAUUGUUACAAACCUUAAAUACUGGGGAAGAUGUGAGCCUGUAAUUUCAAGGACUCUUCAGUUCCUAAAUGACCUUUCUGUUGGCUAUAUCCUUUUAAAAAAACUUGUGAAGAUAGAUGCCGUGAAAUUCAUGCUAAAAAAUCACACGAGUGAACACUUCCCCUUUCUUGGCAUCAGUGACAGUUACAGUCUCAGUGACUUCAGGUGCCGAACAACCUUCUACACAGCCCUCACUCGUCUUCUGAUGGUAGAUCUAGGUGAAGAUGAGGACGAAUUUGAGAAUUUCAUGCUGCCUCUUACAGUCUCUUUUGAAACAGUAUUACAGAUAUUCAACAACAACUUUAAACAAGGAGACGUAAAGCGUAUGUUGAUCGGGCUGGCAAGAGAUCUUCGAGGGAUUGCCUUUGCACUGAACACAAAGACCAGCUACACCAUGCUGUUUGACUGGAUGCUUUAUAAAAGGUACCCAACAUAUCUUCCCAUUCUUCAGAGGGCUAUUGAGCAGUGGUAUGGAGAGCCCGCAUGUACCACUCCCAUCUUAAAACUUAUGGCAGAACUGAUGCAAAACAGAUCCCAGCGUUUGAAUUUUGAUGUAUCAUCUCCUAAUGGAAUUCUUCUCUUCAGAGAAGCUAGUAAAAUGAUUUGCACUUAUGGUAAUCAGAUCCUGUCCCUUGGGAGCCUCUCAAAAGAUCAGAUUUAUCCAAUGAAACUCAAGGGCAUCUCCAUCUGCUAUUCAGCUCUCAAAUCUGCCUUGUGUGGAAAUUAUGUCAGCUUUGGCGUCUUCAAGUUGUAUGGGGACAACCAUUUUGACAAUGUACUCCAGGCCUUUGUCAAAAUGCUGCUGUCAGUGUCCCACAGUGACUUGCUACAAUAUCGGAAACUGAGCCAGUCUUAUUAUCCACUCCUGGAAUGUCUCACCCAGGACCACAUGAGCUUCAUCACCAACUUAGAGCCUCCUGUCCUGCUGUAUGUUCUCACAUCUGUCUCAGAGGGACUCACUACCCUUGAUACAGUUGUCUCCUCCAGCUGCUGUACCAGUUUAGACUCCAUCGUUACCUACCUCUUCAAGCACAUAGCAAAAGAGGGCAAGAAGCUGCUUCGCUGCAGAGAGGCUGCCCAGUCUGGUCAGAGACUAUUACAUUUUAUGCAGCAAAAUCCAGAGGUCCUGCAGCAGAUGAUGUCCGUCCUCAUGAACACCAUUGUGUUUGAAGACUGCCGGAACCAGUGGUCAGUAUCCAGGCCUCUCCUGGGGCUCAUCCUGCUCGAUGAGAAGUAUUUCAGUGAACUGAGGGCAAGUCUAAUAAACAGCCAGCCUCUCCCCAAGCAGGAGGUCCUUGCCCAGUGCUUCAGGAACCUGAUGGAAGGAGUGGAGCAGAACCUGUCUGUCAAGAACAGAGACAGGUUCACCCAGAACCUCUCCGUCUUCAGAAGAGAUGUGGCAGAGGCCCUGCGCAGUGACGGCAGCACCGAACCGUGCAGCCUGGACAUGAUGAGCUGACCCGACCUCUGACUGUGUGCUGAGCAGCCUUUAUCAAGAGACUUGUGGGUCUAGAUCCCAGGACAGUGAUGCUGGCUAGCCCAGGGGAAUCUAUUUUUCAAAACAAACAACAACAACAAAAGCCCUACCUUUUUAUAAGUUUGGCCUAAUGAUAAGAAUUUAUAAUAGCACACAAACAAUGUAAAUUCAGUCUUUGCACUGAAAAAGCAAAAGAUGUUUUCAGUUUUUCUAUACAAUAUCAUUACCUUUGUUCUUAUAAUGCUCUGAAAGGGUGUAGAGACAGUAUUUAACCAAAGAACAUAAUAAACCAGGUUUGCGCCUAAGUGUGUGCCGGUUAAUGGUUCUGCAGUCACGGUUGUGGGUUUGCAGGAGAUGCAGCCUUCAGCGUGGAUCCCGGAUUGAGACAAAUACCAUUGGAACCUGUUAAAUUAGUAGUUUGUUAUGAGUCUGGAAAAAAGCAGCACUGGGGACUCUGAGCUGUGGGCAUUUAAAACGAGCCUGGGAGCUCUCCAGAGCAUCCCACAGGACUGCACACAGCCCUCUCUGCCUCAGCAGCAUCUGAUAGAGUUGAGAGACAGUAACACAAUUAAAUGACUUACAAACAACGUUUGCCCUUCACUGGCAUAAAUCUGAAGUGGUUUAGUCUAGAAGAAUUAAGCUGUGCAAUUACUGCCUGCAGAGAUAUUUCUUCGGAAGGAGAAGGUAGCCCCAGCGAGUAGUUCUGGGUGCUGCCAGCACCUAGUCCUUCUGCCUCGAUUUAAUUUAUAAGGGAAGCUGAGGGUGUCCAAUUAAAAUACAGAUUCAAAGCAGCUCCGCCUUCUUGGGCCACCCAAAACUGUUCUAGGUGCUAACGCACAGGUUCUCAGAGGAUGUGGAGCAACUGGUUUUCAUCCUUCCACAAAAACUCAUGUUACUGUGGGGACUGCAACCCAACCCAAACCCAGGACAGGGAGGAGGCCUUUACAGUUUGUGAUGGGCUGUAACUAGGCUAUUAAUUUGAGAUUGCUCCUGUCAGGUGACUUUGGUAUCUCACUGCUCUAUCUUCAUGGUUCAGACUUGUAAUAAAUAUUGUUCCCUUUAUUUCUGAUAAGACAUGAAAGGUUGGCCUUCCUGCUGAAGAAGUAAAUCCACAGACUCCUGUUACAAUCUCGUUUCUCAGACUAGCGUUUCUUGAAACCUCUCUCGAUAGUUGAGUUUUACAACAGGCUUGUCAUAGAAAAGCAGAGUCACCCAAGUUUAUCUCAGAAUGUUUGGCUUCCAUGUGUGAACCCAGGAAAUCAGGGAAAAGUGUGUUCUAGGUAGGGUUACUUCUGGUAUCUAGUAAAAGCCUCGGCUUUACACUAUAUGUCAUUAGCAGUGGGAUAAAUUUUCCACAAGAAGGCAAAUUCUGAACUUCGUAAGACUUCAACUGCUUAGAGAAGUCUGACUUGAGAAUUUUCUCUUUCUCAUGGGCUUAUUACUGUACACUACUCAUCCCCCAAAAAUCCUUCGUAGAAGGCCUAGCCCACUCUGACACUGUUUUG